CGAGUGUUAUGGAUGGUUGUCCCCAUUCAGGGUUUGUUCAAUUACGACAGUUCCUGGAGGCAAGACAGCAGACAGCGAGCGAGCGAACUGUGUAGUUGUGCUAGAGAGGUUCUGUGGAGGCGUGCGUCUCGGUAGACUGUCAUCUGGGCUGUGUUCAUGAGAGGAGAUGGCUGUUCUGUCUGUCCAAGCAGGUUUGCCGGACCAUUUUUGGUGAGAUGGUUGUGCAGGAGAAGCAUAGGGAGAGACCAGAUACCCUGAGGUGUGUUGUCUGUCUGUAUUUGUCUAAAAUGAACAAGGGAGGGAGCAGCACAAAUAUCACACAGCCAGGCGCCAUGCAGGGGGAACCCUCCCCUCAUCCCUGAGUGCUGAAAUUUCAGGACUGGAGCCUGAGUGUGUCAUAUCAGGUAGUGUCAGACUGCAUCCAGAAGGGGGAAUGAUAAGAGCUUCCUGAAAGUAGCCUUUGAGAAACCCUGUGGAACAUUUUCCUCUAAUAGCCAUUUUCAAGCAGUGUCAGACAGGGUUGGUCAUUGACCUUCUCAACGGUAGUUUCUUCAGACCAGACUCAGUCGUUUUAGCGAAGAGCCAGAAUGGAGUGGUCACUAGAGAGGGUGAGGGAGAUGGUGGCUGGAGGGAUGCAGUCUAUGAGGGACUGUGAGUCCAGUGCCUUUGGCACAGCCAUGUGUCUGCUGCUGCUCUUUGUGUGGUACUGUUACAGGGUAGGUCGUGAGCACAGCUCCUCUCCCCUGCGUGGGGGGUACAGCACUGAGCCCAGUCGGGUGGGAGGAGCUGGGGGGGCCUUGAUGAGCACAGAGGGAGAUAGCAGGGCUAAAGGCAGGCCGGUGUCAGGGGUGGAGGAGCAGAACGGCUUUGCUUACUGCCAGUCCACUGAGUCCUAUCGCUGCACCAAAACAGGGGAGGGUCUCAAUCAGAAGCUGUACCACAGCCUGCAGGAUUACGCCAAACGCUACACCUGGUCAGGCAUGGGCAGGGUGCACAAAGGGGUACGAGACCAGGGCCGCUACCUCACCAGCCGGCCCACCAUCCAGAGGCCAGAGGUGUUCUUCCUCCCUGACCUGCCUUCAGCACCCUUCUUCUCCCGGGAUGCACAGAAACACGACGUGGAGCUGCUGGAGAGGAGCUUCCCUGCUCUGCUGGCUGAGUUUGAGAGCAUCUACCACGCCCCCCCAGCGCGGGCUGGCUCUUCCCUGCCUCUGGGCUGGAAGGCCAACAGCACCCCCCAUGGCCAGUGGUGGACCUUCUACUUGUUGAACCAGGGCACUCCGCUGGCCCUCAAUGCCAGGAGGUGCCCUCGGGCCUGGAGGGUGCUGGGCCAGCUGCGCACCUUUAUCGCCAACAACGUGUUUGGAAACGCCUGCUUCUCUGUGCUAACACCCGGAGCCCUGAUCACUGAGCAUUACGGCCCAACCAACGUCAGGCUGCGCUGCCACCUGGGUCUUAGAGUGCCCUCUUCCUGUGAGCUGGUGGUUGGAGGGGAGCCACAGUGCUGGUCUGAGGGGAGCUGUCUGCUGUUUGAUGACUCCUUCCUCCACAGGGCCUUCCAUGAGGGCGGCCCAGGGGACGGCCCCAGGGUGGUCUUCAUGGUGGACCUCUGGCACCCUAAUGUGGCAGCUGCUGAGAGACAGGCUCUGGACUACAUCUUCACCCCCGGGCGCUGAGAGGACAAAGAGUGUGUGUGUGUGUGUGGGG